AUAAAAAGCAACAAAGCUGUCAACCGAACGUUUCAGUUUGAGUUCAGCCGUCUUCGCAGAAAGUUAUACACCUGCGCCGCGCUCUCGCUCGCUCUCCAUCGCUGUCCUCUCUCUCUCUCUCUCGUUGCAAGAUCCCCAAAAGAGAGGCAGCACGGAGCUACUUAAAACGCAUUUCGUGCCACAAUUGGCCCAGUGGUAGCAAAGACACCGUUAGAAACAGUUCUGUCAUCGCUAACAGUUCACCGUUAGCCACAAAGUGUCACUUUUAACUCAAAACUAACUGUGCAACCGCUCUCUGCAGCGAUUCGUUCGGAAAACAAAUUAUGCUCGCCUUUGUUUACUUCAAAAUAAAAACCAUAUUUGCCUUUCCCACCACAAAAAGAACGCAUUUGUGAUAAAGAGCACCCAACAAAAAAAAAAAAGGGAGAGAAGCACCUCAUAAAUAUCGAAAAUACAUAACAAAAAAAGUUCGCAAAAAUAAAAACCCGCAACCGAAACCUGCCUCACACACGAGUUUAUCCAACGAUAACGUCAUCCGCUUUGCCAACAGUAUUAAAGUUAAUCUGAAAAGUGCUCGAAUCUUUUGUUUUCAAUCGUCAUAAUUGUAAUAGCAACUACAACUAUAAAACCAAAUUAUAAAUACUAAUACCAACAACAAAGUGUAGCCAAGGUUGCCGCGAACUGUUUCGUUUCGUUGUUGUUUUGCCCGGUGGAGGAGCUGUCAACUCAACAUCUCUGCCGACGUCGCUGUUGCCGUUACAUUUCAGUUGCUGCCAUCGCAUAAAAACCAAACAGAGAUCCCCUAACGGCGACAGAAACAGCAAAUUUACAUAGCAAUAUACACGUUACACAACGCAGCAGCGCGUGCCAGUGCAAAAUCCCGAAAAACCGUAGCCAAAUCGGAAUCGGAAUCCUCGAGUCCAUAAAAAACACCACGAAAUUCCUUUUGGCCAAAAUGAAGCGUCUGAUGACCUGGGAGCGCGAUCUGGUGGAUGCCAUGUAUGAGUACCGGCAGACACGCUUCAGUUCGCGGCGUGUUCGAAAACGUGUGGUCUUCAAGCACGGCGAGUGCAACGUUGUGCAGGGAAAUGUGGCCAAGAGACGGCGUCGCUAUCUGCAGGACAUCUUCACCACCCUGGUCGACGCCCAGUGGCGCUGGACGCUGCUCGUCUUCGCCGCCAGCUUCGUGUUCUCGUGGGCCUUCUUUGGAUUCAUCUGGUGGAUCAUCGCCUACGCACACAACGAUCUGGAGUACACCAAUCUCAAGAACCAGUCACCCGAUCUGGUGGCCAACAUGACGCACACGGUGUGCGUAACACAGGUCUCCAAUAUGAUGUCCGCCUUCCUGUACUCCGUGGAAACCCAGACGACGAUAGGCUAUGGUAAUCGCUAUGUGACGGAGGAGUGCCCGGAGGCGAUAUUCACGAUGUGCAUCCAGUGCAUCACGGGUGUCUUCAUCCAGGCGUUCAUGGUGGGCAUUGUGUUUGCCAAGCUGUCGCGUCCCAAGAAGCGUGCCCAGACGCUGCUUUUCUCGCGCAAUGCUGUGAUCUGCCACCGGGAUGGAGUUCCAUGCCUGAUGUUCCGUGUGGGAGACAUGCGCAAGUCGCACAUCAUCGAGGCCCAUGUGCGGGCCCAGAUCAUCCGCAAGAAGGUGACAAAGGAAGGCGAGGUGCUGCCCUUCUACCAGCAGGAGUUGCACAUCGGAGCCGAUGGUGGAGAGGAUCGGCUGAUGUUCAUCUGGCCCACGACCAUAGUGCACAAGAUUGAUAGGAACAGUCCACUGUACAUGCUCUCCGCCUCCGAUAUGCUAAAGGAACGCUUCGAAGUGGUGGUUAUGCUGGAGGGUGUCAUCGAGUCCACUGGCAUGACCACGCAGGCCAGAAGCAGCUACUUGCCCUCGGAGGUGCUGUGGGGCCAUCGCUUCGUCAAUGUGGUGUCAUUCCGCAAGGAGACCGGCGAGUACGAGGUGGACUACACGCUAUUCAACAACACCUACGACGUGGACACUCCGUUGUGCAGCGCCAAGCAGCUGGACGAGCUUAAGUCGGAGUACUCGAAGAGCGCCAAGUGUGUGAAUGCACCCUUUGCGGAUCGCACGCUCUCGGCCACCUUGUUCCAGCGUAUUGCCUCCGCCGCCUCGGUGGAUCAUCUGGAUCCGGCGAGCGACGAAUCGCUGGACUCUGGCCGCCUGCAGAUACGCUCCCAUUCCAUACCCAACGGCGUGCUGGCCAGCGAGCUGGAGCCGCUGAAUAACAACAAGCAUGGCGCUUCGUUCACCAUGGGUGGCCUGACCAUCACGACGACGGCGCCCAGCAUCCCCAACCUAUCCAGUAUUAACGAGAAGACCAACUCCGGAAAUUCCAUAAACAGCAGCAACUACAGCAAUAACAAUAGCCUGAGCACGCUGACCGGAGGAGGAAGUGCUGCCAGCGGACCCGGAGGAGGCAUCACCAUUGUGGCCGGUUCUGGUGGUGGAGGAGGAGGCGGCGGUAGACACAAGUCGAAUCCCCGCCGACUUAGCAUCAAGCAGGAUCAGCUGCCCAUCGAUUCCAUUUGUUGAUAUUAUUAAUUGAGUGGCUUCCCCGCCCUGUCCGUCAGUUAUCUGAUGUUGUAUUCUAGUUAAGCAUAGGCUCCCACUAUACAUAAUUCUAACUCAAACUAAUCUAAGCGAAAUUCCAUGGAGAGCUCAUCUGUCAUAGCCAUAGAGCUGCUGCAGCUGUGAACGCCCCUCAAAAAUCCCCCUUUCCUGCUGAAGUGGAGGCAAUCUGAUUGUUACCCACCUACUCUACUCUACUUACUACUAACCCUGAAACGAUUGUACAUGUAUAUGUCUAGGCUAAGCUGAUGAAUGAUUCACGUUGUUAGCUUUACUUGUGUUGAAUUUACUAUAGUUAAGUUACAAAUUGAUAUUAACGCAAAGUAAGAUGUGAGACCGAGAAACCAAAAUGCUGCAACUUAGACAACUAGAUAAAUCUUUAAACGGCUCACUUAACAUGAAAUUUAUGCGAAGACGCAGCGGAAUUGAAAAUUCCCUUUAAACCGAUUAUUCUAUAAUAUUACUCACUUCAAUGAGAUAGAGAAUGUACAUUUUAAUCCAUAUACUGUUUCAAAAACAAAAGCUUCAAUUAUCAUAAAGAGUGGACAAUAAAAUUGUAUGCGUAUGUGAGAGUGA